CCGGAUCUUGCCGGCCAAUUCGUGUCCUUUCGAUUGACCUUUAUACCACCUACCAUUUGGGCGGGCUUCGAGCCACCACAUUACUCUACAGCUAUGGACCAACAAGGUCAACCACAACAGCAGCCGCAGCAGGGCCCAAUGGGUCCCGCUGGCCGUCGUCUGCACAUUGCUCACCGACGCAGUCCUUCCGAGCUGACUCCUUUGAUGAUGGAACAACUCGCCAUUGCUCAGCAGAUCGAGGUUCUGCAGCAACAGCAGCAGCAGAUUGCUGCCACACACCAACAAUAUGUUAACAUGGGCAUGAUCCAGCCUCAGCAGCAUCUGCCUGCCAAUUUUCAGAUGCAAGGCCAGAUUCCUAACGUGUCUCCUCACACAAACCAAUACCAGUUCCCGCAGCAGAUGGCCCAGCAGCAGCAGCAACAGCAGCAGCAUCUCAAUGUGCCUCUCAAUGCGCCAUCGCAGCCAUCUUCCCAUCGCCGCAAUCAAUCUGCCCUCCCCAACGUCAUGGGCCCUCCCCCUGCGCCGUCUUCGGGUACAUCAGGUUUUGGAGACUUCGGUGCUCAGCAGGGGAACCAGGGUCGGGAGAAUGUCAAUCCUCGUGGUCGAGGCGGAGGUGCAGCCGGCCAAGGGCAUACUCGAAGGCAUUCUCUUGCUCUACCCGAGGCCAAGAAGGCCGCUGAACUGGCAGAGCAGAAGAGAAAGACUUCGGGCUUCCAGUUCCCGCUGCCUUCUGCCGGCGGUUCCAGCGCCAACCGCGACGCGAGCCCCAGCGGCAACAGCGCCGGCCAACCCGAGUCUACACCCGCUUCUCGAGGUGGCCGCGGAGGUCAUGGUCGUAGUCAGAGCAUGGCUGUCGGUCGCGGUGGCGGAAACGCUGGCCGAGGUGGAGGCAACUUCCAGUUCCCAGGCCCCCAAUCAAACGACGGCAACGCUGCUCAAGGGGGUCAGUCAGACUUUCAGCGUCGCGGCAGUCAAGGCCAUGGUCGCAGUCAGUCUCGUAACUUCGACGGCAACUGGAGGCAACCCCAGAAUCAGCAGCCCCAACAGCAGCAAGCAGAACAAAACAACCAGUCCCAGAACAUGGGCAACUUCAAUAUGAACCAGACUGCAAACGCUGCUCCUUUCCAGCCUGGACACCGCACUCGCGGUUCCGUGAAUCAAUCCGUUGGGUCGAUUGGCAAUUUCCAAUACCCCGGACAACCCCAACUCAUGCAGCUUCCUCAAGGCCAAGUGCUUGUCCCGCAGCAAAUGUUCAACGGCCAAGGCCUCAAUCCUCUGCAAAUUGCUCACCUGCAAGCACUCCAAGCUGCUCAGAUGAAUGGUAGCGGCAUGGGGGGUCUUCAGGGCAGCCAGCAUGCGCCGCCUCAGCUGGGUAUGCAGCAGAACCAGCAGCAGCGCAAGACGCUCUUCACCCCAUACCUACCCCAAGCGACACUCCCUGCUCUCCUGAGCGACGGGCAGCUUGUUGCAGGUAUCCUUCGAGUAAACAAGAAGAACCGCAGCGACGCCUAUGUCACGACUACUGAUCUAGAUGCCGACAUUUUCAUCUGUGGCAGCAAGGAUCGCAAUCGUGCGUUGGAGGGCGACUUGGUCGCCAUUGAACUCCUCGACGUCGAUGAAGUCUGGGGCCAGAAACGCGAAAAAGAGGAGAAAAAGAAGAGGAAAGACAACGCUGAUCCCCGCGGAAGCAAUAUUGCCGUCAAUGAUGCCACCACCCAGCCGGAAACUAGCCAGGGCGAAAGUGGUAUUCGACGCCGAGGGAGUUUGCGUCAGCGUCCCACGCAGAAGAAGAAUGACGAUGUGGAAGUCGAAGGGCAAAGUCUUCUGCUGAUGGAGGAAGAGGAGAUUAACGAUGAGCAGAAGCCACUGUAUGCCGGCCACGUCGUGGCCGUCAUUGAGCGCGUUGCAGGUCAAAUGUUCUCGGGUACCCUAGGACUCUUGCGCCCGAGCAGCCAGGCCACCAAGGAGAAACAGGAAGCUGAGCGUGCGGCGCGUGAGGGUAGCAAUGCACGUUUCCAACCAGAACGCCAGCAGGACAAGCCCAAGAUCGUCUGGUUUAAGCCUACUGACAAGCGCGUUCCAUUGAUCGCCAUACCUACUGAGCAAGCCCCUCGUGACUUUGUCGAGAAGCACCAGGACUACGCCAACCGCAUCUUCGUUGCAUGCAUCAAGCGCUGGCCGAUCACUUCUCUCCACCCAUUCGGUACCCUUGUUGAGCAGCUCGGUGAAAUGGGUGAUCACAAGGUGGAAACAGACGCGCUUCUGCGCGACAACAAUUUUGGACCCGAUGACUUCUCUGAUGCCGUUAUCAAGAAUGUCGGCUUUGCUGACUGGUCUGUUGAGAAUGACGGCGAGGCGGAGAUUUCAAAGCGCCGCGACUUCCGCAGCGAAGAGACAUUCACUAUCGAUCCCAACGGAGCGAAGGAAUUGGACGACGCCAUCCAUUUCAAAUACCUUGACGAUGGCCGCGUUGAGAUCGGCUUCCACGUUUCUGACGUGGCUUAUUUCAUUAAGCCAAACUCGCUCGUUGAUCGUGAGGCGAAGAAGCGCGGCACAGCCGUCUAUCUCAUGGACCGAGCGGUCAACAUGCUCCCCCCUCGGCUGUCUUCCGAGAUUUGCUGCUUGAGCCCGGGCGAAGAUCGCUACACCGUUAGUGUGGUUUUCAAGGUUGACCCCAAUUCCGGUCGAGUCUUCGAAGACGAGACAUGGAUUGGCAAGUCCAUCAUCAAAAGUGUCGGCAAGUUGGCGUACGAGGAGGUCGAUGCCGUUAUUAGCGACAAGGACCACGAAAUCUCUGCUGGCCGCGCGAAAGACAUCAAAAUGCUUCAUCAUGUAGCUCAGAAGUUCCGCCAAGCUCGUCUUGGAGAUCGUGCUGCUGAUGUUUCUUCUCUCCGUCUCCUUUACCAGCUGGAUGACGAGAACGUCCCCGUUGAAGCCAACAUUUUCAACUCGUCUCCAUCGCACGAGUGCAUUGAGGAGAUUGAGUACAAGACCAACGCUUUUGUCGCCAAAAAGAUUGCUGCUGGCCUUCCCGAGAAAGCACUUCUUCGCCGCCAGGCCUCACCGAACCCCCGCCGCCUGCAGACGAUUGCCGAACGCAUGAACGCCAUAGGUUAUAGUAUUGACACUACCAGCAGCGGUACCCUGCAAAACAGUCUAUUUCAAGUGGAUGAUGAGGAUAUCCGCAAGGGUAUGGAAACUCUCGUCGUCAAGUCGAUGCCACGAGCGAAAUACUUCGUGGCUGGGAAGUUGUCCGAGGACCAGCACGCGCAUUACGCUCUGAACACACCUCUUUACACUCAUUUCACCAACCCAUCUAGAAGAUAUGCCGACAUUGUGGUUCACCGUCAACUAGAAGCCGUGCUGUCAGAUGGCGCGGUAGAAUUCACCGAAGAUAUCGAAGUGCUCGCUAAAACUGCAGAGAUGUGCAACACCAAGAAGGACUCAGCUCAUGCCGCACAGGAGCAGAGCGUGCAUAUUGAAGCUUGUCGUCACAUGGACAAGAUACGGGAAGAGCAAGGUGGCGAUUUGAUCAGCGAGGGUAUCGUACUCUGCGUUUAUGAGUCGGCCUUUGACGUUCUUAUUCCAGAAUUUGGUUUCGAGAAGCGUGUCCACUGCGACCAGCUGCCAUUGAAGAAGGCCGAAUUCGACAAGAACAAGCGCCUCCUCGAGCUUUACUGGGAGAAGGGUGUGCCUUCCUCCGCAUACAUACCUGAGGAUGAGAGGCCAAAACAGGGCUCUGCUCGUGCCAACGCUACUGCCGCCGCCCGCGAGGCGGAAGCGAAGCAGCGUAAAGAGCAGGAAGAGGCUCAGCGAAGGCAAAUGGACACGGGAACAAUGUCUACCGAUGAUGUGGACGCAUUGUUUGACGAUGAGGAUGACGAUUCGAACGACCUGACUGGGGCUAUGGCUGGCGUGUCUUUGAACCCAUCCGGUGCCGACCGCCCCACGCAAAGCAUGCCUCCCUCUCCGACCAGGAAUGGCCUGGAGCGACAAACCCCUCACCGCGUCAAGUCGGACUCGAAAUUAGCCCAGAGCGCUGGUUCCGAGGCUAAGUUGACGAACAAGGAGAAAUACCUCAGCUGGUUCGCCCUCCGGGAAGAGAAUGGAGACUACAUUCAGGAUGUGCGCGAGAUGUCGCGUGUGCCCAUUAUCCUUAAGACGGAUCUGAGCAAGAGCCCACCGUGCCUGACGAUUCGAUCUCUGAACCCUUACGCUCUAUAA